UCAUGUGUUUCCUCCAGUGCCUCGUGAGAUGCGCGCCGCCGGCACGAAUGGUCCCGCGCGCCUCCGCUCGCAGGAACUCCUCAUCUUAGAGCUGCACUUCGGAUUGUAAUGUUUCCAAAAGUUUUCAGACUGAACUACAUGGAAUAAUGUGGCGGAUUGUUUUGUGGUGUUGCGCUCUGCACGGCUCGUGCGCGUUCCGUCCACCUGCGAACGCGUCUCUCCGCGCACCUGCCGGCGUCGUGCGCGCUGUGGAUCGAAUUUAUCACGCGGGAGGAAAAGCCGGGUAUCUUCUGUACAUGGACGAACGACGCUUUCAGCUGGAUAUGGAGCGGGACGCGACGGUUCUGUCUCAUCACUUUGAUUCGAACGCGAACGCGCCGGAAUGCGUUUACCGCGGCACCGUCAACUCCAACGCGGAGUCCCUCGCGGUGUUCAAUCUGUGCGGUGGUGGGCUUGAUGGCUUUUUCGCGGUUGAUCACUCCCGGUACACAAUCACACCGCGUAUCCGCGCGAAGGGCCACGAGAAUGACGUGCACAUCGACGCAACGCGCGCUCUCCACUAUUUUACCCGAGAACGCUUCAGUUUCGAAGAGAUGCCCGCCCGGCACAGCUGCGGCACGCGUGAUCGGAAUAAAAAGCGCGGCGCUCGAGGGAGACGCGAUGGGGACGCGCACGGACGCAGAUGGUGGACAAAGUUUACGAAGCCCGACGCGUCGCUAACACGACGCAGGAGGUCCGUGUCUCGCGCGCGGCACGUGGAGCUGCUGCUGGUCGCGGACGCGUCCAUGACGAAGAAGUACGGGAAGGACCUGCAUCAUUACCUGUUGACGCUCGCGUCCAUCGCGUCCAAACUCUACGGGCACGCGAGCAUCGAGAACCCCAUCCGCCUGUCGGUGGUUAAAGUCGCGGUUCUGUCCGAGAGCGAGAAGGGCAUCGAUGUGUCCAAAAACGCCGCCGCGACGCUCAAGAGCUUCUGUAAGUGGCAGAACCAGCAGAACCCGCUGGAUGACGAUCAUCAGCAUCACCACGACGCGGCGAUCCUCUUCACCAGGCAGGAUCUGUGCGGCCAUCACUCGUGUGAUACUCUCGGCAUGGCAGACGUGGGAACCGUAUGUUCUCCGGAGCGGAGCUGCGCGAUCAUCGAGGACGACGGCCUUCACGCGGCCUUCACCGUGGCACACGAGAUCGGGCAUCUGCUGGGUCUGUCCCACGACGACUCCAAGUUCUGCGAGGAACGCUUCGGCUCAAACGAGGACAAGCGCCUGAUGUCCUCCAUCUUGACCUCCAUCGACGCGUCCAAACCCUGGAGCCGAUGCACAUCCGCCACCAUCACGGACUUCUUCGACGACGGCAACGCCGAGUGUUUGCUAGAUGUCCCCCGUCUGCCUCUUCUGGGUCCCGAGGAGCUCCCGGGUCAGAGUUACGACGCCGUCCAGCAGUGCCGCUUGGCCUUCGGGCUCGAGUACACCGUGUGUCCCGGCAUGGACGUGUGUGCCCGCCUGUGGUGCGCCGUCAUCAGGAAGGGCCAGAUGGUGUGUCUGACCAAAAAACUGCCCGCCGUCGAAGGAACGCCGUGCGGGAAGGGAAGAAUCUGUCUACAGGGGAAGUGUGUGGACAAGACCCGAAAGAGACACUACUCGACGUCGAACCACGGCAGCUGGAGCUCCUGGGGUCCGUGGGGUUCGUGUUCCCGUUCCUGUGGCGGCGGAGUCCAGUUUGCCAAUCGACUCUGCAACAAUCCUCCUCCCCGAAACAACGGACGCUACUGCACCGGGAAGAGAGCCGUGUACCGGUCCUGUAGCGUCACGCCGUGCCCUUCAGCCAGUAAGAGCUUCAGACAGGAGCAGUGCGAGGUGCGUAACGGCCCUCAGACGGACCCUAAAGGAGUGAAGACCUUCGUGGAAUGGGUGCCGAAGUUUGCCGGCGUUCUUCCCAAAGACAUGUGCAAACUCACAUGCCGGGCCAAAGGAACGGGAUACUACGUGGUGUUCGCACAGAGGGUCAUUGACGGGACGGAGUGCCGGCCGUACAGCAGUUCGGUGUGUGUGCGAGGGAAGUGUGUUCGCACCGGCUGCGACGGCAUCAUCGGCUCCAAACUUCAGUUCGACAAGUGCGGUGUGUGUGGCGGCGACGGGAACGGCUGCAUUAAAGUGGCGGGAAAUUUCACCAAGAAGAGUAAGGGCUACACGGAUGUGGUGAAGGUCCCCGAGGGUUCGACGCACCUCAAGGUCCGCCAGUACAAGCCGAAGGGCCAGUCGCGCUACACGGCGUACCUCUCGCUCCGCCGUCCCGGGGGAGAAUACCUUCUGAACGGCAAGUUCAUGAUCUCCACGUCCGAGACCAUCGUCCCCCUCAACGGCUCGGUCCUCAACUACAGCGGCUGGAGUCAGCGGGACGAGGCCCUUCACAGCAUGGGCCCCGGGGCCCUUCAGGAGAGCCUGCUGGUGCAGAUCCUGGCCACGGAUGCUAAGAAACCACUAGACAUCCGCUAUAGCUUCUACAUGCCUCGGAAAACGCCGUUCCCGCCUCGGAUUUCCAACGUGGCUCCGCCCACCGCUGCCGCUUUGUCUUCCGCGGAUUUGCUGACGUUUACGACCGAGGUUCCGACUGAGACUCCGACGGGGCCGCGGUGGAUCACGGGACCGUGGAUGACGUGCUCCAGAACUUGCAAUACGGGUUGGCAAAGUCGCACGGUUCAGUGUAAAGACCCUCACGGGAAGCUUGUGAAGAGCUGCCCGCUCAGCGCCCGGCCGUCGGCCUUCAAACACUGCCUGAUUAAGAAGUGCUGAGGAUUCAAAUCUGAACGCUUGUUCGUAAAACUCGUGCUCGAAUCACAAUCACUGUGGAUUCUGCGACUCGGACAAGGAGCUUUGGCUCUAUCCUCGAAUGUGGCGAUGUGUGGCCACGCCCCCUGAUCCAUAUGACACGCCCCUCGAGUUCACACUGGCAGUCGUUUAACCGUUGCUGUAGCGUUCGACGGGUAACACUUUACAAUAAGGUCCGUUAGUUAACUUUAGCUAAUGCAGCAAUACAUUUGUGUCUGUAUUAGUGUAAUUAUACAUUUAAAUACUGCGUAAUAUUAAUUAACUUCAUGUACUUACUAUAGGGCAAGG